AUGUCCGCGCUGCCCCCCAACGCCUCAUGGCCCGCGGGCCCCGGAGCACCGGAGGCGGAGCCGGCCGCGCCCGACCCGCUGCUCUUCUGGCUGACCGGAGCGCUGGCUGCAGCCGCGGGAACCGGCAGCCUUUUCUCGCUGGUGGCCCUGCUGGGGACGCCGCCCAGGACCGCUGUGUCACUGCUGGUGGCUGCCUGGGCCGGGGACGACCUGCUGGGUUCUCUGUCCGCGGGCGCCUUCCUGCUCCUGCCCGGGUCGCACGGCGACCCCCGCGCCCCGCCACCCCUGUGUGCCGCCUCGGCCGCGCUCUACCUGGGCCAGGGCCUGUCCAGCUGCCUCCAGGCCACGCUGCUCGCUUGCCACAACUUGUGCGCUCUGCGCCGGGCGGCGCGGGGCGCGACGGGCCCCGGGCGCGGUGGAGCGCUGGCAGCCGCACUGGCACUGGGCGCCGCGGGGCUGUUGCUGGCCGCCCUGCCGCUGUGCGGUUGGGGUGCCUUCGUGCGCACUGCCUGGGGCUGCCUGCCCGGCCGCUCUCGCUCCUACACGCUGCUGCUCGGCGCUGUCUACGCCGCGGGCUUAGCUGGGCUCACGGGCCUGGCGGUCCCGCUGGCCCCGCGCCUGCUGUGCGCCCCGGAGCCCGCUGCGCCCCGCGGCCCUUACCCCGAGGGCGCGCGCUGCCACGCCGUGAGCACCGCGCAGAGGCGCUUCUCCCUAGUGCUGGCUCUUAGCAAGGCGGCGCUCUGGCUGCCCAUGAUGGCCCACCUGCUGGCCCAACACGUGGUCGGCUUCCAGAGCCUCUCUCUGGAGACACCCAGCUUCCUGCUGACCCUGCUGGCUGCCAUGCUGACGCCCACCUUUGUCCUGUCCAGACACUGGGCCCACCUGCCCUGCGGCUGUGCCAUCGACUGUGAGCAGAACCCUGCAGGGAAGGGGGCCAGGAGACGAACUUUCGAAUUCAACCUGUCGUUUCAACGGAGUUAUGGGAUCUUUAAGAUCGCACGGGAGGAUGGCAGCACCGAGAACACGGUGUCCUAUCACAAUCUCAUGAGCUAUGAGUGUGAGUGGACCAAGGAGGCUGGCAGAGGCCCCGGCCAGAUCUUCAAGGCUGUCCAGGUGGAGAUGAGCACCGCACCAUCUCUGGCCAGCACUGCAGGCAGCACCCAGGGGAGCCCCAGAGCAAACAGGGCCCCUGACAGCAAGGACUCCCAGAGAAGACUCUCUGGAGAGGAGAGUCGGAAGCCUGAGUUGGGGGACUGGGAAUGGAGCCGGAGCAAGUCAGAAAGAGCUGCUCGCCAGCGCUCCGGAGGAACCCUGGCAACACCCCUGUGUGCAUUCCAGGGAACAGUUUCUCUCCACACACCGACAGGAAAAACCCUCUCCCUUUCCACCUAUGAGGUGAGUACUGAAGGACAAACAAUCACGCCAGCUUCAAAGAAGACUGAAGUCUACCGAUCCAAAAGUGUGGGUCAUGAGCCCAGCUCCGGAGACUCAUCACCUGCCUUAGCCAACACCAGUGUAAAGAUACACCUGGAGGUGCUGGAAAUCUGUGAGAAUGACGCAGCGUUGGACACCGUCUCCAUCAUCAGCAACAUCAGUCAGUCCUCGGCACAGGUUCGCUCCCCAUCCCUGCGCUACUCGCGCAGGGAAAACAGGUUCGUGUCCUGCGAGCUGGGGGAAAGCGCCUCCUACUCUCUCUUUCUACCUACGAGCAACCCUGUCAACAACAUCAAUAUCUCCAUCCCGGACACUGUGGAGGCGCACCGGCAGAACAGCCAGAAGCUGCACCAUGAGAAGGAUGGCUACCAGGAGGAGAUCCAGCUCCUGAACCAGGCCUACCGGCGCAGGGACGAGGACACCCAGGGCAGCAGGUGAUUCAGGUACAAACUGAAGCAGCAAGGCAUCUUUGCAUCCCCCACAGCAUAGUUCUGAGGCAGUCAGAUGCCCUCUUGCACCUGAUGGACUCACAGAUCGCUUAUUCUCACAAGUAGGAUGAGGGCAAGCACAGAAGUGCC